CGGGCGGCGGACGGCGGCAUGGAGCCGGAGUGCCGCGUGCUGUCCAUCCAGAGCCACGUCGUCCGCGGCUACGUGGGCAACCGCGCGGCCGCCUUCCCGCUGCAGGUGCUGGGCUUCGAGAUCGACGCCGUGAACUCCGUCCAGUUCUCCAACCACACUGGGUACGCACACUGGAAGGGGCAGGUGCUCAACUCGGGGGAGCUGCACGAGCUCUAUGAGGGCCUGCGGCUGAACCAGGUGAACCAGUACGACUACGUGCUCACAGGCUACACGCGGGACAAGUCCUUCCUGGCCAUGGUGGUGGACAUUGUGCGGGAACUGAAGCAGCAGAACCCCAGGCUAGUCUACGUGUGUGACCCAGUGAUGGGGGACAAGUGGGACGGCGAGGGCUCCAUGUACGUGCCUGAAGACCUGCUGCCCGUCUACAGGGACAAGGUGGUACCCGUGGCAGACAUCAUCACCCCCAACCAGUUCGAGGCCGAGCUACUGAGCGGCAGGAAGAUCCGCAACCAGGAGGAGGCGCUGCAGGUGAUGGAUGUGCUGCAUUCCAUGGGCCCUGACACCGUCGUCAUCACCAGCUCCGACCUACCGUCCCCGCGGGGCAGCGACUACCUGACGGCGCUGGGGAGUCAGCGGAUCCGGAACCCUGAUGGCUCGGUGGUGACGGAGCGAAUCCGCAUGGACAUGCACAGAGUGGACGCCGUCUUUGUGGGCACCGGGGACCUCUUUGCCGCCAUGCUCCUGGCCUGGACACACAAGCACCCCAAUAAUCUUAAGGUGGCCUGUGAGAAGACCCUGUCAGCCAUGCAUCACGUCCUGCAGCGGACCAUCCGGUGUGCCCAGGCCCAGGCAGGGAAGGGGCAGAAGCCCAGCCCCGCGCAGCUGGAGCUCAGGAUGGUGCAAAGCAAGCGCGACAUCGAGAGCCCCGAGAUCGUGGUGCAGGCCGCCGUGCUGUGAGCCCCGUGUCCGUGCACACGUGAUGUCCGCCCAGAGCCAUGACGACAACGUGAUCCUUCUCGUGCGUGUCCAGUGUCGCAGGUGUCCACUGUGCCCGUGCCGUCCUGCUUCCUCCACCAGCCAAAGUCCCCAGACGCGUGUUGAGACUGCCCGCCCCGCCCAUCCAGGGGCCCCACCGCCCCUCCACAGGUCGUGCCAAGGGCCCUGCUCCUGGAAUCCCUGCUCCUUUCCGCACUCCCCGCGGCUCAUGCUUGGUGGCCUCCGGCAGACCUGCGUAAGGUGGCUGCUCGGCCCCCUUGAGGCCCCACGUGAGGUUUUUGUCUCCGCUUUCCUGUCAGGCCGAUCCCGAAGGGCGGGGG